AUGGAAGGAACAAAGAAUUGGUAUAACAAGCAAUACGAAAGCUGGGUUCCCUGGGUCGAGGACAAAGUACUCGGCUGGUGGGGCGAGAACAAGACCAGCUACGUUGCGAAAGACAACCUCUCCAAGACAAAAGUCACUGGCGAUAAGAAUGUCGACGCCGUUCAAGACGGCAUCAAUGAAGGUGUUGGUGGACAAUUCGGAAAGGGUGGAGUUCUAGAGGGUGUCGGCAAUCUCACCUCCAAAGAAGUAUUCACCCGUUCUGAGCGACAAGGCAAGAAUGACAAGGGCGGACACAUUUGA